CAACAACUAUGUCAUCUUAUGGACCAAAAAGAGACGUAAAUGCUUCAGGUUGGGAAGAAUCUGAAUUUCCAAUACUUUGCGAUGAUUGUUUAGGCCCAAAUCCUUUUGUUAGAAUGCAAAAGAGAGCUUUUGGCAAGGAGUGCAAGAUAUGCAUGCGUCCAUUCACUUUGUUCAGUUGGUGUCCAGGCGCUGGAACGAGGUACAAGAAGACAGAGAUCUGUAAUACAUGUGCAAAAAUGAAGCAUUGUUGUCAAACAUGCAUCUUAGAUCUGACUUAUAAAAUACCCGUACACCUUCGUGAUGCAGCACUUGGAAUGCAAUCAAAAGCACCAACUGAGAAUUUGAAUAGACAAUACUUUGCUCAAAAUAACGAAGAACAACUCAAAGGAAAUAGUACUAUGGUCGAUGGCGGCCUGGGACGAGCAGAGAAUGCAGGCAAACAAAUAUUGCGAGAUUUAGCAAAGAAGGAACCAUAUUAUAAACCAACGAAAGAACAGAAAAGCAGCAACAAACCAAAGGAGAUAAAAUCCAUGCCACUUACAUCGACACAAAGUGUCGCUGCAGCACCAAAGAUGAUCAAAUUAGAUCUCAAACCACCUCUUGAUACUGAAGUGAUAUCGCUAUAUUGCUCACAGUUACCGGAUGACACGACAGAGGAUGAGCUUAAAAGUGCAUUUGGAGAUGCCAGUCCAUCAAUUCAAUCAGCUACAAUAGUUCCUACUUCGAAGGUGUCCUUUGUCAACUUUGCCUCAAGACAAGCUGCAGAAAUAGCUGCCUUGGUAAUAUCAAAAAAAGGUCUCAUUGUUAGGAAUGAAGCUGUUAGCGUAAAAUGGGGAAGAAGUAAGAAGAAGCCAGCUACUACAGCUUAGGAUGUUAUUAUAUUGUAAUUUAUUAAUACACAGUCGAAGGCAGCGUUUAUGAUAUUAGAACGAUUAGUAAUAUAUAAUUGAAUUACGAACCUAAUUGCGUCAUAUGUUAUUAUUAUUAAUUGAUGAUGAAGUAUCUUUGAAC